AACUCGCAGUGAGCGGGGCAAGAGGUGCGCCUUGGCCGGAGGGAGGGGGCCACUCGAGGGCUGCAGGGAGCAGGGGAGGGAGCGGAGGAAUAGGGGCGCUGAAGACAAGAGACCAGUGGCUGGCUGGGAAAAAGAAGCCGCUCUGCAGGUCGAGGAGAGGACCGACUGACUGUCUUGCUCAGGAGCAAGCUUAGAGGGAAAACUGCUGGGAAGGCUCCGACAAAGCUUACUCCGGAGAUUUCUGCUGGGGCCAUUUUGUUUGGUAUUCUGUUCCUAAGGCAGCCGGCCCACAAAGGAGGCUCUGCAAGGAAGGAAUAGCCCUCUCUUGGCUGUGUCCGUCCCCCCACCCCCCCGCUUUCAAUUUCCCACCCCGAGUUGUUCUCUUUCCAGGAGGACAGGUGCCAGGGCUGCAGGAGGAGCUGUCUGCUGAUUUUCCCAUCUCAGACCUGAAACCUCCAGAGAGCCUGAAGAUGGCGUUCCCUAUAGAGGUCAAGCAGGAGGGUGACUGGGAGGCCAGUUUGCUAGGUCAUGGAAAAAUGAGUGAGGAGGAGAAUCGUCUGCAGGGAGGACCAAAGCAGAGUGAGCUCAAUGGGGUGUCAGUUGCUGCAACAGAAGGAGUUGUGUUACGUGGAGCAGAACUUCGUGAACUACGUAGCAGUUGGCAGAAGCCAGAAAGCUGUGCUAAUUUUCGUCCAGUCACCACACAAUCUCUUUUGAGAAACGAAAGUUCAGUUGAAGCAUCCUCCUGUGGGAAAGAAACGGGAGACGCUCAAGGUGGGGAAAAUAUCGGUCAAAGCUCCAUCUUUCUGAAGAUCAAGCCAGCCCGCAAAAAAAAUAAAACCUUUGUAUGCCUGGAGUGUAGGAAAAGCUUUGUUUCAAAUUCGGCUCUUUCUGACCAUCAGACCACCCAUACAGGCGAGAAGCCACAUCAAUGUACAGUUUGUGGGAAGGGCUUUGGAUAUAAAGUGCUUCUCGUGAGACAUGAACUAUGCCAUGUGGACGAAAAGCCGUAUAAAUGUUUAAAGUGUGGGAAAACCUUUGGUACCAGUACCAUCCUCUCAGACCAUGUAAGAAUCCAUUCAGGAGAGAAACCCUAUACUUGCAUAGAGUGUGGGAGAGACUUUGUUAAGAGACAUCAUCUUCUGAGACAUGAGAAGACCCAUACAGGAGAGAAACUCUAUCCAUGCUCAGUGUGUGACAAAAGUUUCAGUUGUAGGUCCAACCUUACAAUCCAUGAGAGGACUCAUACUGGAGAAAAACCAUACAAAUGCUCCGAAUGUGGGAAAAGCUUCAGUCAAAAAUCACAUCUUGGAACUCACAAGAAAAUCCACACCGGAGAGAAACCACAUACCUGCUCACAGUGUGGGGCCAGUUUCUGUCAAAGAUACAAGCUUCUUCUACAUGAAAGAACACAUACAGGAGAGAAGCCUUAUCGAUGCUCAGAAUGUGGGAAAAGGUUCACUCAGAGUGCUCACCUUUUUGUACAUGAAAGAAUCCACACUGGAGAGAAACCGUACAGAUGCUCGGAAUGUGGGAAAAGCUUUCGCUGGGAGGACAGUUUGACGAUGCACAUGAGAAACCAUGCUGGAGACAGACCAUACCUCUGUUCACUUUGUGGCAAAACUUACAGUAAGUCAUCCCACCUUAUACGGCACAGGGAAACCCAUACAAGAGAGAAACCACAGCAGUGCACAGACUUGAACAAAGUCCACCCAGAAGCACCAGGAGGUCCUAUACAGAAGAAUCCGUGCAAGAAAGACAGUCCUGCAAUGCACAAAAUGUGACAGUUUUUCAUUUGGAAAGUAGCCUUUAAAAACAUGAGAAAAAACGAACAUGGUGGAGAAAACCAUAUGAGUGCUUAGCCUGUGGGGAAUUAUUUUAAUUUUUUAAAAUUCUUUUCAUUUAUGGAACAUAAAAGACUGCACAUAACAGAAGACAUAAAUAUGUAGGCUCUGGAGCAAGUUUUCGCUGAACAUGUUGUUAAUCUGUCAAAGGAUAUGCACAGGAAAGAAAUAAAUAUGAUCAGGUUGUGGGAAAA